AUGCAUUAUGCAGAGUUUGGCGAAGAUGAGAGCGCUGCCUUGCUUGCUGCCAUCAAAGAAUAUGAAGCAAACAAGUGGAAGGUCAUCGGAACUAAAGUUGGGAAGCCGGCAAAGGCCUGCGAGCAGUAUGCAAAAGAGCAUUUUGCCGGGAAGUAAAGGGUUUAGCAUCGGGGUUGAGAUCGGUUGGGAACAUGGUGUCGGCGCAUAUUGAAGGGCUUUCUUUGUUUCUUUGCUUUAUCCCUCAUUUUUUCCCCCUUCGAUUGCUUUCCUCUGUUUGUUUGGUCAGAUUGGUGGUAAACGAGUGUCGUUCGUCUUUUGG